AUGCCAAUCCCAGACAAACUCCCAACCUACGCCGACCUCCCCCUCGACCCCUCCCACCCCCCGGGCUCCGCCUGGGGCCUCUACGGCGAGUCCGACAACCUCGGAACCCUCAACCUCCUCACCCCCGACAACACACUCGCCGCCGCCUCCCUAAUCAAAACCGGAACCCGCAUCUCCCUAAACUGGCCCCUCCAAAACCCGUCGCACCCCGGAUUCUUGCGCCAAAAAUUCAACCACAAGAUCAUCCAAAAAGCGCCUCGAUGCGUCAACGACGACGUUAUCGAGAUGAACACACAAAGUGGCUCCCAAUGGGACGGUCUCCGCCAUUUCGGAUUCCAAGGUGUGCGGAAGUUUUACGGUGGUGUAACCAUGGAAGAAAUCCACGAAGAGGGCUCCACGACCCUCGGAAUUCACCACAUGGCCAAACAAGGAAUCGUCGGCCGUGCAGUCUUGAUCGAUUACCGCUCCUGGGCCGUCAAGCAAGGAAUCGAAUACGAUGCUUGCGACACCUACUCCAUCCCCCUCGACUCCGUCCUCGAGAUCGCAAAAGAGAAGAACAUCACGUUCCGUCAAGGCGACAUCCUCAUCAUCCGCUCUGGAUUCACGGAAGCGUACCAAGCCCUCUCCGUCGAAGAACGCGAAAAGAGAUCUAAGGUCGUUCCGCCCCAUUUCGCCGGUUUCGAACAAUCCACCACCUCCCGCUCCUUCCUCUUCGACACCCACUUUGCCGCUAUCGCCUCCGACGCCCCCGCUUUCGAGUGUUGGCCGACGCAGUCGCCCGAAGGAUGGGCACUCCAUGAGUUCGUGCUUGCGGGGUGGGGUAUGCCUAUCGGAGAAAUGUUUUGGUUGGAGGAUUUGGUGAAGGAGUGUGAGCGCUUGGGACGGUGGGAGUUCUUUUUCGUGAGUGAGCCUUUGGCUGUGGUUGGUGGUGUCGCGAGUCCUCCGAAUGCGUUGGCCAUCUUCUAG